ACCUUGUAACAUUUUGAUUUUUCUGUUUGCAGAACCUGAGUUUUUUUUUUCUCUUCAAGCUGUAUAAAAAUGUGCACACUGAAAUCCAAUGAAGUGAUUUUCUCAGCUAAAAAGAGCCAUUACCCACCAAUUUAAGUUCUUUAAAAGAUUCAUGCCACAGUGAGAACACAUGAAUGGAAGAAGAAAAUUUCUUCUUGCCUCAGUUCUUGCUCUCCAGAAUUCAAGUUUUAUAUAUCCUUCAUGUCAAAAGUGCUUCUCUCGGGUAAUUCUCAUCUCCAAAAGGUCUAAUUGUCCAAAAUGUGGCUCUACUGGUAAAGCUGAAAAUGCAAGUUACAGAUACAAACUUUCCUUAAAAGUUGCAGAAUCAAACCAAUUAUUUGGCAUUACUGUAUUUGGAAGCUGUUUAGAUGCAUUUUUUGGUCUUACAGCCACUGGUUUGCACAGGUACAUUCAGGAUCCCAGUAAAAUUCCAGAAACACUGGACAGUGAUGAAACUCAGAACUUACUAACUAAAGCAGUCGAAACUUGCUUUGUUGGACAAAGCUUUAUUUUUGGAGUGACGAAUUUCAAAAACCAGCAUGGACAAGGUUCAGAUUCCAGUAACUUCUUAUACCAGUGCGCUAACAAGGGAGAAGUUAGAGCACUAACAGCUAGCCAGAUUGUUCUACCAUACCCAGGUGUUGUGGGCUUCACAGUCAUUGACUACUUCCAUCAGCUUUUGCAGCUUUCCAAUUUCAGGAAACUUCACAGUGGUUCCCAGGCACCAAAUAGCUACUUGCUUGCUUUAGGACACACAGAUAGUCAUCUCAGCAGCAUAUGUGGCCCUGACAGAAGUUCUUGUUUUAAUGAGUCUCAUGGCAGAGAUAAUUUUUCAAGAUUCUGGCAGCUAUCACUUCAACUCACUUCCAUUGUUCCACAACUGACGGAUGAUGAUAAUUUUUUAGCUUCUGAACAAGGCAAAGCCACUGGUACUCUUCACCAGAACAGAAAGUGCAUCUCCUUGGCAGAGGCCACUGAUUCCAGUAGCUGCCAUGAUGCCACUCAGAGUCCGUGGAGUCUUGUUUCAUAUAUGAGUAAAAAGAGUACAGCACAAAAGUCAGGGGAAGAACAUGGCUUAAAAGCUAACCAGCCAAGUGCAGUUCACAGCAGUCAUGUCAUUGGAGUUACUGACUCUCAUUUUUUCCCUUUGAAAAUGCAAGAGCCCCUGGAACCAAGUAAUUCAAGAUCCUUCCACAAUGCUGUAGAAAUUAAAAAUGGGUAUACUCAACAUGAGCUAACGUGUCACCAGCAUCAUGGUUUGGAUACCUCGCCUAGCCUUCAGGAGAAAUCUAUUUGUUGUCCACCUUCAUCGCUCAGACUUGAAGAGAUGGCUGGUGGCUCACAGGACUGUGACCCUGAGAUUUGGGAUGAUCUGCCAUUCUCUGAAAGCCUAAACAAGUUUCUAGCAGUUAUUGAAAGUGAGAGUGCUCUAACCCAGACAGAUGCCAGCAGUAGAAAACAUCAUCUAGAUAACAUCAAUAAGUUACCUGCACACCACAGCAGGUUUUCUGUAACUCCCCAGAGAACUUCUGGAGUCUUGCAUACAUCAUCUAUAGCUCUGAGAUCAUCACAAGCAAGUGUUAUAGCAAACUCUAACAAAGAUAGCUUCCUUUCAAACUGUGAAGCAAAUCCAAGUCCUAGUGUUCAAAAGGAACCACAACCAGAUAACAUAGCAGAGGCUGUGUGUGUAACUAGUAAUGGAAGAGAUGUUUCUGAAUAUUUUCUACCAAAUGUUUAUCUCUCAGCUCUGUUUCCAUCUUCAAAAAGUUUAGGAACAACAGUUACUCAUGAGCCUGCCAGAAUUCUACCAUGUAGGGCUGAAACUUCACUUAAGUGCAGUACUUCAGAGAGUGACUGUUUUUGUCUCAGUAGCAAAUAUUCCAAUGGAGGUGGAGAAAAAUCACUUUCAGAAAUGAGUGAAAAGUUGAAAACUUUGCAUUCUAGGAGGUAUAAUGAUGUUUCUGACCUUUGCAAUUUGAAAAGUAGACAAUAUUAUAGGUGGCCAAAGAAUGAUGGUAACAGUUUUACAAUUUGCAAGAAACUGACAUAUCCUUUAGAGAGUCUUUGCAGUACUCCAAAUAGAAGUACAAACACAUUGAAAGAAAUGCCUUAUGGACAUAUCAAUAAUAAUUUAACACAGAACUGUUCUGCUGGUCUAGAAGGUAGCUACGAUGCUUCUGCUGAUCUUUUUGAUGAUAAUGCUAAAGAAGUGGACAUCGCAACAGAAAUUACCAAAAAACCCCAGGAUAUUUUGUUACAGUGGGAAAAAUCUUUGGUAGAAAGUCAUACAGAAUCUGAUUUUUUACCAAGAUCACUUUCUGAAAAUUCCAUCCAAUCUUCACAAAAAUUGUCUAUGCAAAGUAUAUCUGCCCCUAUGUCUCGAAGAACAUGCUCUUCUCCACCUCAUUUUCAGUCUGAUUCAGAAUAUGAUUUUGAAGAAAGCCAAGACUUUGUUCCAUGUUCACAGUCAACUCCAGUUGCAGGAUUCCACCAAACAAGAAUUCAUGGGAUGAAAGGAGCUUUCAAAAACUUGCCUGCCAUUUAUUCAGAUUUUGAUGCUAACUACAAAAAAAUAAGGAUUUCCUCUGAAAAUGACGCACAGCAAGCUAUCCCCAGCUGUCCAAAAAAUAGAACAACACCCAGCCAGAAAUCCAGAAGUCCUAUUAUAUCUGGUAUUAAACAACUAGACGUUUUCAACUGUCCCACUGGUGAGUGUCUUGAGACUGAUGUUGAUGACUGGGUCCCUCCUACCACAAGAAAAGUGGGAAUGUUUGGAUUCCAGGCCGUGGGUCUGAGGAAAUGCCUAACUGCCUGUAAUUCUCCUGAUCAAAAAGAGUUUCCAAGAAAGAAAUUGAAGUGCAUUAAACAAAUACCUGAUAAAUGUUUAGUUAAGGAGUUAAAUGUAAAGAAUAUGUUUACAGCAGUAGUAAGAAAACAAAAAACUCCUAAGAAUACACGUUCAGGCUGGAUUUCCAAAGAGUUAGUUUUAGGACUUGAUUCUUGUUCAGAAGUCAAAUUUUGCCUUCCACCUUCCUCACCUGAAACUAAAAGCACUUGGUCUCCUGAAUUGUUUUCAUAAAAAGUCACCUAAACCCAAUAGCUGACUUUUAAAGGUAAGUCUGUUUGGAAACUUUUGCCUCCGGUGGUAUGGAAAGCAUUCUUAAUACCAUUUUGAAAACUUGAACAGAAGCAAAUAGAAAAGAGGUACUAUUGUGCCUGUUAAAAUGUGAAGCCACUAUUUUUCCCAGUAUUUUAUCCUGAAUACUCUGAUCAAGAUUCUUUGGCACUUUAUUUUAUAUUGUUGAUUGUACUUGAUAAUAUUGUUAGUUUUGCUUGUAAGAGUAUUUGUUAAGAUCACAUGUAUAUUCAAAUAAAAAGUAUACCAAAACUUAAUGUCUUAAUUUUUCAGCUCAGCUCAGAAAAUGCCUGCUGUAUAUUAGGCCAACUUCUGUGCUGAGUUUGUGACACAGAUCUAUGAGCUCACUGAUCUCAAAAGAUGUUCAUCUACUGGGUAAGAACAGUAGAUUGUCAUAGAGCAGACAGUUUCAAUGCAAUGAAGUAAAUGCAGUUGAUAGAGGUUGUUAAUGGGUAUUGUAAACAUUUCUGUUGCUGUGGGAGCAUAGUAAAAAAUCAAUCCAGCAACAUCUAUGGGCUAGGGAUAGGAAAGGUCAAGAAAAACUUACUGUUUAGAGUUAAA